GAAAAAACAUCGCGCGUCCACUAAACAUGGCGGCGAAAGUUGGCGUGUCCAUGUCCAUCCGCUUCCGCGGCGAAGAAGUGCAUGCGUUCUCCGUGCACCCCGAGGUACCUGAGGACAUGUACAACGCAUCCGAGAGCGAGACGGUUCCUCAUGCAUAUGGAGGCAAGGAAGACGGUGGGGCGCUGCCGGAGCCCAAACAGACUGGAGACCACGCGUUGUUAGCGACAGCGAUCAAGAAUGCCAAAGCGAGCAGCGAGGCUUUCUUAGCCGACAAGUGCGAAGGUCCAGUGAAAGUCGACGACAUUUAAAUCUAUACAUCCCUUUUCUCUAUGCCAUGUCUACUCUGUCUGGGGAGGCCGUGGACGUGUUGACAGGUUCCCUCGAGGGCACCACGAGCUUCUUGGGUCGACCGACCUUGCGUUUGAGCCAUCGCUUCGUCUCGGGGGCAGGACCCACUUGGAAGAUCGCGUUCGCCUGCGCCGUUCGUUGGGAUGCACUCACGACGCUUUUCGACCGUUUGCAAGUCUGACAAUACCAGUCCACGGUAGGGGGCGGCAAGCGGUGGAGACCCGCACAUCUACGUCACCAUCAUCCUCACCAUGGACAAAGUGCAUCCGGUAUUGUCACACGUACGACAAAUGAAACGCGGCAGGACAUCCGUCGCAGCAUAUCAAUUCGCCGGCCGUGCCGCACCGAUGGCACGCAUCUUCGUUCAAGUCGUUCUACACCAACAUUCUUAGUCUCGUUGCACCAACAUUCUUCUUUAAAAAAAAACGCAAAAAAAACGCAAAAAUUUGACGAAUACCUACCGUUUCGCCAUGUUGGUGGUGCACGCCGUUUUCAAUGUUUUCGACGAAUCGGUAGAUCCGACCGACGUCCAACUGGUUCUGGGUAACACGAAGGCGGCGGUUCCACACCGAUCGCCCUUCGGCAAACUCGUGCACGUCUACACCAACCAUCAUCAUCAAACACGUACAUGCUCGUAUUGUCGAAACUAGCGAGUACCUUUAAUCAGCUGGUACCGCGAC